AUGGCUGCAUCUUUAGCCUCUCUUUCCUCCUCCGCUCAAGCCGGAACACGGCAACUGUUCAACCGCCAUGGCAGUCACCGCCUUCCUCCUUCAAACCUCCUCCUCCCUUCCUCUAUCGGAAAACAUAUGAUCACGAGACGAAGGUCUCUGAGGAAAAUUUCUGCCCUCGAGACCUCUGACGGCGCCGUUAACGUGGAGGUAGAAGAAGGAGAAGAAGCGUGUGAGCUGGUUAACGGUACAGAACUGUCAAUUGACGGCGUCGAAGCUUACCUUUUAACGGCGGUAAAGAACAACAACGGAACUGGAUUGCUUCUACUCUCUGAUAUCUUCGGCUUUCAAGAUUCCUCUACUCGCGAUUUCGCUUACCGAGUCGCUUGCAAUGGCUACAAUGUUCUUGUCCCGGACCUGUUCCGAGGAGAUCCAUGGUCGAAAAACCGACCAGAGUCCGAAUUCGAGGAAUGGAGAAGAGGACAAGACCCAGACCGGAUCCGACAAGAGACAACAGCUUUGACGAAAUGGAUGGUCGAGGAAUUUGCAGCGGCUGGGAUGUCGAUGAAGCUAGGAGUGAUGGGAUUCUGCUUCGGUGGUGGACGCGUGGUUGACGUGUUAGCCGCCGACAAGAACGGUUACUUCAGCACCGGUGUCUCUUUCUACGGCACGAGAAUAGACUCUGCAGUGGCCGGAGAUGUGAAAGUCCCUGUCUUGUUCAUUACCGGAGACAAAGACCCGCUUUGCCAAGUGGAUGGUUUGCACGAGAUUGAGGAGAAGAUUGGUGAAGGUUCAAAGGUUGUGGUGUUUGAAGGAAGAGGCCACGGCUUUGUUCACCGGCCAGAGACGCCGGAAGACGAUAGAGAUGCGGAUGAGGCGUUCGCACUCAUGAGGAAUUGGUUACAUCAUCAUUUGAUGAAUGGGAAUCAAUGA